AUGCCUACCAACCAGUCCUCCCCCUGGGGUGGAGGUAAGCUCCGAGCUGACUCAAGCGUAGAUAGUUCAACCACUGCGACCUCCAUCAGUGCACACGCCAAGACUGUUGCAGCUGCUAAAGUGCCUCUAAGUCAAACUUCUUCAGAUCUGUCGAGGAGGAAGGAUCAAGCCAAACCUCUCUCCUCUCACGUUGCCUCGCCUGUGCUCCCUGUGUGGGAAAAUGGAGACGGAGAUAAACCAAGCACCAAGAGCCAAUCCACCGCUGUGCCAGAUCAGCCUCUAAACCUGCCGCAAGAACUGAAUGGAGGUCAGAAUCCAAACCAAGUACGAGGUGUGGGACUGAAGCAGGCUGGGAGUAUCCUCAAAGAGAUGAAUCCCCCUUCCUUCUUCCUGCAGAAAACCAACAAGCUGAUGGUGAGACAUGCAUCAAAAUUAUUGAUGAAUAUUUUAGUCGUGAAAGGGUGAAAACACAUAUCUGAUGUCUUCUUUUUGUCUCCGUAGCCUGAAGCUGCAGACUGUUCCCCCUUACCAUCAGUGCCUCCACUUUGCCUUACUCUUAGUGAACACCAGGGGGCACCAUCGGGUAAAGACGCCUCCAGUUUUGACAGCACAAAAGUAGAAACGAGGAGCACAACAGCCACAAGGAGAAUUUAUUCAGCUAAAACAGCAAGAAAAUGCAUCCAGAGACCAAACAGCAGCACAAAAAUGACCUUUUUUAACAAUCAGCUGCUGGUAAGAGGCGGUCCUCCUCCAUUGAUGACAAACGGCAAGUCACAAACAACAGCAACACUAAACUUAAACAAGCAAGCUGCAGAGGGGCAAUGUCGACCGAGAAGCACUUUGUCCACAUGCAGAAGAAAUAGUUCUCCAGCAGUCAGUCCCUGUCCUAAUGGACCGACGCCAACCGUGCUCAGUGCCAGUGUCUGUGCCACUCAGGAGAAACAGCCCACACCCAUGGAUCUCAGUACAAGUAAUUUUCAUAAUAACUCACCCAAGAAUCCUUGAUUGAUUUUCAAAAAGACAUGUAGACUCAACAAAGUGUCAAUACAAGCAGAAUUUGAUGGUUUGCAGAUUAACCUAUUAGUUGGGAGACGUUCCUGUUUUUUUUUUUCUAGUAUUAAAAAGACGUUAAUUAAAAAUAAAAAAAAAUAUUUAUCACUGAAGGGAAAUUUAAUAUUAAGUGACGUUUUCAAAGUUUUAAAGGCCCCCGUCUCAGUUUUUUAACGUGUCAAAAAAGUUUUAAAUUAAAAGUGUGUCUUUGAAAACAUUGUUUCUCGAUCACCUUUACCUAACUUGUUAAAAACUCUGUAGCUGUUUGGCUGUGGUGUCAGUUGCAGAUGUGGCUCCUGGUCCUGCUGGAGCCUUAGUGGGCUCUGUGACAAACCAGAUCUCUUCGAUUCACAUCACCAGACAGGGACAGCCUGCCUCCAUAUCAUCCUCAUCUCUAAUGGAGGAGUGUCAGGGUGCUGAGACUCAGCUGUCUGGGUGAGCAUCUACAAAUGACUUCUUGAUAACCAGAUGUGUAUGAAUCUUGUUAUUCCUCCUUUGAAUCUUACUAGAAAUUGAUCAGAAUAAUUGUUUCCAGUCAGGAGUUCGUAAUGCAAGUGGACGGCGUUGAGGAGGAGCUGCCUGAUGAGCUGGAAAACACCUGUAGUGACGGUAAACUUUCACCCAGUUUGACUUUAAAAUCCACAUUUUCACUGUAAGUCACUGAUUUUAAGUCGUCUCUGUUGUCUGCAGAUGAUUCAGACUGUUCUUCCAUCAAUGGCACCUCAUCAACGGCAUCAAUCGCUCCCAAUUCUGGGUAAGACAAACACUACCCAACUAAUAACAUGCAGUACGGACGUUUAUUGAUCAAGUAAAGGGACGAAAAACUAUUUGCUGCCAUCAAUGUUAAUGUUAGAAGCAAGGGAAAAUGAGUGUUUGAUACAGGAAACAGAAACAUGAGUACAGUAACACUUCACAUGACCUGUGAGUGCACACAACAUACACACUCACAUUUAUGGGAGAUGACUAGAACUGAAGCUGGUUCCAUAUUUGAGUCAAGUAAAUUACCUGUUUUUGAUUAAAGUGUUUAUUUUUGAUGGUUAGAUGUAAAAUCAAAAAUAAAACAGUCCUUAUAAAAUAACUGUAUCUUUGUUGAGACAGGUGUUUAGAAAAAGCCCUGUGACUAAGAUGCCAAAGUCGCAAAUAAAUCUAAUUCAUUUUAUUAGCAAUCAGUUUAAUAAAAUACCAACAUGGAUAUUAAACCAAAUAUCAGCCCGAUAAUCGGUCUACCGUUAGUUGGACCUCUACUUCAUCUGCACUCUUGCUGUCUACAUGGUGCCUGUAAAGACAGUUUGAGAAUGGCUUAAAAUACUGAAUACCCUGUGAGUGAAAUUGAGGUUCUGUAGUUUGUUAAAACAGAGAAAUGAAGCUGAUUUUUGUUCUCUUGAGUUAAUUCAGUAUAUGCUUCUGUAGGAUUUACCUGUUUGCCAAACUGACUGAAAUAGUUUCCAGUACGGCUGUAAAGUCCGAAUUGACUGGUCGAAUUAUUGCUGAGUCGACCAAAAUUCUGAUUGGUCAACUCAUUUUUUUUCUACGUCAAUUUACAGUCUGAUUAAUUUCAUCGGGAGGAACAUACCAAGUGGUAAUAGGGGUGUUUUCGGAGCACCCCCAUUUCCCAGGUCACAGUCUAUCUCAAAACAUCCCCCUUGAUUUCACCAUUUUGGAUUCACCUAACCCACUGGAAACCGGCUAGAGACAGGAAGAUCGAAGAGCGUUUACGUUAAUCAGCGUCCAGUGAUUUGCUGAAUAUUUAUAUAUUAGCCUUUUGUGUUUAAUUGCCUACUUGUGCUGAUAUCAGUAUAUUCUCAACCCACCAAGCCGCGUUGUCCCCUGACGCAGAAGGGUUUGUUAAAACAAGGUUUUGGUCGACCAAGAAUAUCUUUGGUUGAUUACAGCCGUAGUUUCCAGUGUCCCUGCGUGACCUUCAGAAGCAAAAGAGACCACGACAGAUAUGAUGGAUUAUAUUAUAUAUACCUCGAACCCAUGGCAGCUGUCAGAUGUGAGGAUUAACAGAUACAAGAGUUUUGUAGAUAUCUUUUUUUUUUUUUUGAGGGGGGGAGUGGGUGGGUGUCAGAAAAAUCUUCAAUAUACUCAAAUCUGACAGGACAACAUCAACAAAAGGAUGAACUCUUGCUCAGGGGUCACCAGAUUCGACACGGCUCAAAAGUUCCUCACAGCAGCUUUAAGGCGUCGACUAACUUGAAGACAGUGCAGCUCAGAGCGCGUUUGUGUCUUUCUUGGACCUCACAGCCUCCGUCACUGUUUGGUUAUUAAUUUCCUGAAAUGACACAAAGGAUUUAUCCAUCAGAUCCUGUGAACUCUUCCUUUCUCUUUCCCAUUGUCUCUCACUGUAUUGUAAUAGAAGCCUGAAAGCAGCAGAGCGCGGUGGAAAGGUCCGCUGCAUUGUGCGUCACAUUGUGAUGUCCAAACUGUGGAACUCCCCACCAAAGACUGGCAGCUGAUUCUUUGCUAAAACAGCCUGGAUAGGGGCCACUAUUGUCACCUUUUUCCCCUCAACCAGCUGAUUUGUUUGUGUUCCUUCCUGAAUACUUUAGCGUUAGUAUGUAUAGUAUAAUGCAGCAGCAAUGCCAACGUAUACCUGACCGCGGUGGAGGGAUUUUAUUUUGGAGGAAAGAUUUAGAGGAGGAUUAUCUCAUCACUUCUUCCUUCAUCUGUCUGUCUUCCUUCAUAUAUGACUGUAACGUGAGUGGCUUUUUCGUUUCUUUCUAAGAUUCCUGUAAUUGUUAGCUUUACUUUUGGACAGUCUUCAUUUUGUAGCAGCAAAACAGAACGAUAUCCUGAGAUCGAAUUAUGCUCUUCUGUUAACCUAGGGCUGGGCAAAAUGGCAAAAUCUGUCAGUGUGAGUGAUUUUUGGUCACUACAUGUUGUUUUUUGGUUUGGAUCAGUACAAAAAAAGUCAAAUCAAACAGUUUUAUCUUGUGUUUUACCAGUUUUUACAGCUUUUUAUGAAUUUCCUCACCACCUUUUCUUCCUCUGGUCUCUUAACGCCAAAUCCAAACAGCAACAGGUCAGAAUUGUUGUGUUUAGUCAGCUGAGAUUUAGGCUUGAUUAAACAACUCUUUUAUGGUAACAGGAGAUGUGUUUAUCACCUCUCACAUGCUGCUAUUGUUUGUUUUCUAGGGCUUUAUGUUAAGUCAUGUUUAGAUGGCAUAAAACUACCUCUACCCAUGUAAAAAAAGAAAAAACAGAACUAUAAAAGUCUAGAUGUCAUUUUUCCUCUCCUCUCCACGCCAAGUUAAAAGCUGGUCUUUGUUGUUUUAAAGCUGAAGCACCACCAGCACCUUCCUCCUCCUCAAACAUCGUUAAAGAGCUAUCUUUAGCUUACAGAUGAGUCUUCAAAUCUGAAGUAAAUGUGUCAACAGCUGACAAGCUUUAGCCUUCCAGAUACAGAUAAGGAACGGACAGUUAAAGGCAAUAACAGAGGUCAGAAAAACGUAAUGAAGAAAAACAUUCAAUAAUUAAUGUUAUUAUAAAAACAGCAAAAAACAGGAGCUUAAUAAGCUUCAUUUGUUGAUAUUGAACGACUAUGUUACUUCUGGUGCCGGGUAGCUCUAGACUGACGACUUUUAUUGGGCGCAGAUUCACAAACUUGUCUUGUCUUAAUCGAAUAAAAUUCUGUAUUUAGUUCACCCCAGAAUGUCUUCUCAAGGAUGAAAACUCACAUAAAGAAAACAUGAAUUAUAAUUCCUUUGAGCCGCCUGUUAUUUGAUUCCUGAUCUGAUACAAGGAGCUGAAUACAUCCCAUAAUGAGUCUUGACUCUCUUCUUUUCAGAGUCGAGGAGCCGAUGUUAUUGGAGGCAGAAGAUGAUCGAGAGGAGAGGCCAGCUUUGGUUCCCAGUUUGUUCCCCUUCAUCCCGCCGACUCUCUACUUCAGCACCUCCAACGAGAAAGGUAAGAGUAUAAAAGAAGCAUCAUGUAAGUGCUGUCGAUUCACCACAAGAUGGCAGGAACAUUUCAGAAGAGGAUGUGAGUGAGCUGCUGUUCAGUUUAGAUCAUAAGAAAUCACCACAAAGCUCAACAUAAAGAUGUCUGAACUAGGAUCCUACUGAACUGGGACUUACUGAUUCAUAGAUCCACCGUUGUUUGGCUGAACAGUUUACAUAAUACGCAGACACAUCUAUUAUUUUCUGCUGGUGUAAAUAUUCUAUCAUGUCUGUGAAGCUUAAAGUGGUUCAUAAUAGAUGCAUGUUUGGUGUUUGUGUGCUACACAGUGGAGCUGCUGCCUGUGGAACAAAGACGGCUGUUAAAAUGGAAGAUGAGUACCGUCACUCCAAACGUUGUCAAGCACACCAUCGCCAGGUCCCACUUCAAAGUCACCAAGAGUAAGUCCUCAUGUGUUAGCACCAGCAGCAUCUCUAGACUUGCAGAAAUAAUCCAGAAACGUCAAGUAAAUCUACAAGCGUAUUCCAGGAGUAUCAGGAUGUACAGAGCUUCAAAGUCUAAUGAUACAGAUACUUUUGUUUAGUCCAUUUUUAACUCAUGAUUUAAGCUAUAGUUAUUUUAAUUUGUAGGGCUGAAAAAAACAGUUUUCAGCACAAUUAACUCUCCUAAUUUAUUUUUAGCUGACUGGGUUUUUUAGUUAGUGUAAAAAAUGUCAAGAUUGUAUUCAGAAAAAGUGUAACCCAACUUCUCAGAGGCCUAAGUGCUGCCUUUACCAUAAAAAAACUCAAAACUACUAUGCUUGUGUCUUUGUCAUAUCUCAGGCAAAAAAGUCUCAAUUCACCUGACAAGCCUUCAUUUCAAAACGAUAUGAGUAAGACUUUCAUCGCUCACAUCGAGUUAAAGAAAUGUAGGGUUAGUUUCUUGAAUAAAGACUUAAAUCUUAUUUUAGGUCAUUUUAUUCUUGUAUCAAGAAGUUUCACUAGUAUCAUCAUCAUUACAAGCAAUUUAGGUCUUACUUUAGACAACAUGGUAUCUGGACUUAUCACACUCGUACAGAGUCUAAUGACAGUUUUUACUAUAAAUGAGAAAGAAGAGACUUGCUUUGUUUCCCAAAGACACCCCUUUUAACAACACGUGAUACAAGAAAGUAGAAAAAUGUACCCGGAUUGUCUUAUCACUGUGAUAAAAGGUAAAAUUUGUAGAAACAUGUUAUAGAUACUUUGGAUAAAAUCUGAUGGUUGUUUUUUUUUUUGCCCUGUAGAAAAUCAUGACUGGUUGGGCUGCUGGGGACACCACAUGAAGUCUCCUGGUUUCAAAGCCCUCGGGGAACACCAGAAGGUGAGGAAAAGGAUGAAUUUUUUUAUUCAGGGAGUUGAAAUAAUCAGCGGAUCUUUUUGAGCUCUUUUCUUUAUUUUGUUGUAUUUUUUUUUUUUUUCCGUAGUUGAACCACUUCCCGGGGACGUUUCAGAUCGGCAGAAAGGACCGGCUGUGGAGGAACUUAUCUAAGAUGCAGCUUCGCUUUGGCAAACAGGAGUUCAGCUUCUUCCCCCGAACCUUCAUCCUCCCUCAGGACAUCAAGCUGCUCAGAAAGGCCUGGGAGGACGGCGGUUCAAGGCAGAAAUGGAUCAUCAAACCUGUACGUUCUCCUACCUGAUAAACUGUCUGCCUCAGAACUUGUUACAACAACUUUCUUUGUGGAUAAAUGGCGAAUGAUGUGGUCUGUUUCUUGAUAUCUCUUACAGCCUGCAUCAGCCAGAGGAAUAGGUAUCCAAGUCAUCCACAAAUGGAGCCAGAUGCCCCGCAGAAGACCACUUCUGGUUCAGAAGUAAGUCGCCUGUGAUGCACCUCUAACUGGUUCAAGACCAUAUUCCCGUAGUUGGUUUUAAAUGAUAAGUUUGUGUUUCACAGAUAUCUUCACAAGCCCUACCUCAUCAGCGGAAACAAGUUUGACCUGAGGAUCUACGUCUAUGUGACGUCCUACGACCCGCUCAGGAUUUACAUCUUCUCUGAUGGACUGGUUCGUUUCGCCAGCUGCAAGUAAGUUUGAAUAACACCAACCACACAGGCAAAAAGCAUAACAUGCAAAGUUUUAUUUUAGUUAUACAGAUUAACUUUAAAGAUAUAUUUUUUUAAUUUUGUGUCUUUUUUCCAGGUAUUCGUCUUCCAUGAAGACUCUGAGUAACAAGUUCAUGCACCUGACCAACUACAGCGUCAACAAGAAGAAUUCUGAAUACCAGACCAACAGCGACGACAAGGCCUGCCAGGGACACAAAUGGUAAAAUAGGGAAAGAAGGGAAAUGUCUUUACACGACAGUAGAGGGGGGUUGGUCCGUUUCCAAGUAGUGUGAUUAUAACAUUUCUGCCUUCAAAGCAGGUUUACUCAUAUCUGCAUGUGUGCCGUUGUGUUUCCAGGGCUUUGAAGGCUCUAUGGCAGUAUUUGGGCUCAAAGGGAGUCAACACCACUCUGAUCUGGGAGAAAAUCAAAGACAUUGUGAUCAAAACAGUCAUCGCGUAAGUCUUUGGGGUGAAUUAGUGUUUUUGCCACAUGUAUAGCUUUUCCAUUACUGCUUUUGGUCUCAUGGCUUAUGACUGUUUCAAUUAAAAGAAGGUACAAAAUAUAAACUCAUCAGCUUUCUGCUCGUCGUUGUUGGUCAUCAGGUCGGAGCCGUACGUCAACAGUCUUCUGAAGUUGCACCUUCGGACGCCAUACAGCUGCCACGAGCUGUUUGGAUUCGACAUCAUGCUGGAUGAGAACCUCAAACCCUGGAUCCUGGAGGUCAACAUAUCACCAAGGUAACAUACAUACAAACAAACAAAAACAAACAAACACGGAUUAAAACGUUUCCAGAUUUGAAAGUGUUUCCUCUGUCUUUAAUGUUUCUGCUUCAGCCUCCACUCCAACACAGCGCUGGAUGUUUCGAUCAAAGGUCAGAUGAUCAGAGACCUCCUGAACCUAGCUGGUUUCCGAAUUCCAAAUAAAGAGGAUGUGGUCGCCUCCUGCAGCAGUGCCUCUAGCUCCACCAGCAGGUAGGGAGGAAGAAUUACACCUUAGAGGCUGUCAGGAUCCCAGUAGCUCCUCUGAAUGUCCUGAGACAUAAAAACAUUUUCUGGCAUGUAUCUAGAUCUAAAACCUCUGAAAAGACCUUAACUAGUUAACUUAAGACCUGUAUGUGUGUUUCCUGGUCUGUGUAGUCUGUGUGGGGGCCCCAAGGAGAAGACAAAGCAAGAGCUGACUGCUGAUGAGAAGGUUAAACGGGCCUUCUACCUAACACAGCGUUUCGCCGAUCAGGUCAGUAAAUACAAACACAAGUAGUUUGAAAUAUGUUUCAAAUCAAAGUUACAUCAUUUAAAGGAUAUUUUUGGAGUCUGGCUCACGAGUUCAACUUUUAACACUGUUCUUGGUCUUUUUAGGACUUCCUCUCGACAGUUUUGGACGUCUUGACUCCAGAUGACGUCCGAGUGCUGGCGGAGAGCGAAGACGAGCUGAAUCGUCUCGGGGAGUUUGAGCGAGUUUUCCCGUCUGCGUCGUCAUCCCGCUACCUUCGCUUCUUCGAAUGUCCGAGGUACCUCAACAUCCUGCUGGACCAGUGGGAGCAGAAGUACUGGAACAACAGGGCCAAAGGUGUGUUUGUGUUAGAGAGAGCAUUUUCCAAGUCCUUUUGAUAGGUUGGCAAUAAGCAGUCCAGUAUUAGUUGGUUAGGAGAUUAUUUUUUCUCUUUGGAGCAGCUUUGAAGUUUAGUAUCAUAAACAGAAAGCAUAUGUUGUAAUGGAUUAAGCAUUACCUCCCUCUGAUUUAUUCAGAUAUUAUUGAUUCAUACUUUAAACCAUGAGUCACACUUAAAAGCUUUGAGUUUUAAAAAUGUGUUUGAUGUUUUACUUUUUGCAUUUUCAGCAUCUCUCAUAAAUCUCAUGGGAGUUUGAAAUAAAAGGUCAAGCAGCUUCCUGUCCAAACAGAUUGAAAUGAUCAAUGUCAUAUUUGAAAAACAGUGUUCAGUCCGUCUGAACAAAACGGAAGUAAAAGAAUACACAGAAAAGUAAAGGAUCAUCUGAAUCAGGCAGGAGGAGUUAAUCCAGAUUCAUUGACUGUGAAAUGUCUGUCUCACACGCAGGUGUCAGUCUGCUGCACACUCUCUGUCACAAAGGAGUCCACCUGGGAACCAAAGACCCUGCCCACAUGGUGAGGAGCUGCAGCGUGACUCCAUAAAACGAUUUACAUUUAUUAUGAAUUCAGCAAUAUUAAUCAUAAAUUCUUUCUUUUGAUCAGUGGUCCAAGUGUAGCUACGUCUCCAGGUUUGAACCGCUCAGACAAGACCUCACAAGCCCCUCAAGAUCCAGGUACACACACACACAGACACACACAAACAUUUCCACAUUUAUUAAGUCUUAAAUGUCACUGAUGGUCAUUUACUCAUGAUCUCCCUCCUGUCUGACUCUACAGGGUGGUGGUCAGCCAUCAGCACCGCCCCCCUCAUAACGAUGACGAAGGUUCAGACGGUGAGGGCGUCUCGGUCUCCAGCCCGCCCGUCUCACCGAGUCCCGGAUCCAGUGUGACCAGCAGCGCCUGCACGAGCCCUCAGCCCAGCCUCACCCAGAGCCUGCUGCCCCAACAGUUCGCCUCGCUCUGA